AUGGGACAGGCAACUCCAUUCCAGAAGGAGGCUUGGACGGAAUACGGGAUCGGGGUUUUCAUCAUUCUUGGCCGGAUAUUUGCACGAUGGAAGGUGGUUGGAGUGAAGAACUGGCAGGGCGAUGAUUACUUUGCCAUCGUCUCAUUGCUCUUUUGGACGGCCGAGCUCACUAUGUUGGAACUCAUCGGCCAACAUGGUGCCAACAUUGGCCUCAGUGCUGCUCAGCGAGCCGCCAUGACUCCGGAGCAGGUCAAGAGUCUUGUCAUCGGCUCCAAAUGUCUGCUUGCCGGAUGGACCUGCUACGUGACGCUCAUCUGGUCGCUCAAGGCCUGCAUGCUGUUCUUCUAUAACCGCUUGACACUGGGUCUUAUGCAGCAGAAGCUCGUCAAGGUCAACGCAGUGCUGUGCCUGUGUACCUAUGUCGCGGUCAUCUUCACCAUCUUUUUCCACUGCCACCCGAUACAGAAGCAUUGGCAGAUAAACCCGGAUCCUGGAGCCAACUGCACCGUCGACUCCAUCAACUACAUCGUCAUCGCUGUAACCAACGUCUCGUACGUCUCAUAUAACGAAUCAAGCCGCGAAGAGACUAACCAAAGCAGAACGGAUGCCAUCCUUGUCACGAUUCCGAUUCCCCUAUUAGCCAAAGUCCGAUUAGCACUGCGCCGAAAACUCGUCAUCGGCGUCCUCCUCUGCGGCGGUGUCUUCGUCAUGUGCGCAACCCUCCUCCGCUGCAUCCUCUCCCUACAGAGCAUCGACAGCAUCAACACGAGCACCAUCUGGGCCAUCCGCGAAACCUUCGUCGCAAUCAUCGCCGUCAACGCCCCCUGCAUCAAACCCCUCUUCAGCAGCUCCGUCUGGCUCGGCUCCUCCAAGGACCCCUCCUCCAAGAACGCGCAGCGCUACGGCGCAAGCGGCAGCUACUCCCUCUCCGUCUUCGGCAAAUCCAAACCGGAUCCCCUCACCUCGCACACGAGUAAACUGGGCGAUCACGCCAGCGACGAGUUCAUCCUUCGCGAGCAGAGUGCGCCUACCUUCGUCAAUGAUGUGAGUGGCGGCCAUGGUCGGCAGGCGGAUGAAGAGUCGGGCAAGUUCACCGAGGGAGGGAUACAAGUUACCACUAUAUAUGAGGUGAAAAGGGGGACGGCGCAAGGGCAAGGGCAAUGGGAGUGA